AACCAAUAUGUACGGGUCUUAUCGGGUGCCAACGGUUAAUACACCAAUCCAUCAGCAACAUCCUCCGACAUCAUUGGACUCGUGUUAACUUGUAUUCGAGACUCCCCAGCGCAUAACCUUCACUGUCAAUUGAUAGUAUCAUAAGACGGCUGGUUGAAUGAUUAAUUACUGCUCAUCUUCAGUGGAUUAAGUAAAUGGCACCUGCAAUCAAUUCUCGUUCCCGCCCGAGAGCUUCAACGGUUCAAGGUAAGCCCGGAAGUCGGCCUUCACCUAGUCCGGUACAACCAAGAUCAUAUUCACAGCAAUUUGUUAAACCAAUAGGUCAGACUAAAGUUCAGACUCAAAAUCAAGACCAAAAGUUCAAUUUAAGUAAAAAUCAAUCGUCAAUGUCUACGUCUAAAGCUACUGGACCUGAUUCAACAAUUACUUCAAAUGAAAAUGCAAAAAAUCAUGUUCCAAGACAAUUUAAAUUAAUAUCAGUUAAAUUCAAAGAAGCCGCUCUUGAUUCUCCGAGUUUUAGGGCUUCGGUGAAUCAUAUCGAUUCUCAAAUUGAUAACAUCGAUAAAUGGUUGAGGGCAAUUGAUAGUUCAGUUAAAAAAAUUCCAAGAUAUAUUAAAGAGCUUCAAACUUUUGGUAAUUCUUUUUUAGAACAUUUGGUUCCGACUUUCAUUCAAGAUGGUUUAAUCGAUCAAGAAUAUACUGUUCAAGCCUUGAAAUCAACUUCCGAUUCUUUAACAAAACUAUGGGGGGAUAGUUUAGCAGCUUUAUCAAUUAAUACCUAUGUUAAUGAAAAUUUAAAUCGUAAAUUAUUCAAAGUUAUCCAACAUUAUCAAAAUGUUAGAACUGAAUUUGAAAUUGCUCAACAAAAAUAUGAUCAAUAUUUAGCUAUUUACGUUAGCACUCCCAAAAUAAAAGAAGCUUCAAUUGUGAUAGAAGAUGCAAAACAACUAUUUGAAGUUAGAAAAGAUUACAUUCAUUCUUGCUUAAAAUUAGUCACCGAAAUCUCCGCUCUAGAAAAUCAAAUUGAUCGUUCAUUAGUUAGAUAUUGCUCAGAUAUUUGGAAAUCUAAAAGAACAAAUUUAAUUUCAAUAGAAGCUUUCGAUCCUAUCUUUAGUGUUCAUAGUUCUAAAAUUAAAAAAAUUCAGGGCUGGUGUGAUUCUUAUUCUUCAGCAAUUGAAAAAUUGAAAGAUGACAUGUUAGUCGCAAGAGAUCAAGUGGAAGAAAGUGCAAAGGUACAAUUUUCUCCUUCAAUGGAUGUUAAUGAUUAUAAAAUUUCUUUAAUCAAUUCAAAAGUCUUGGAUGAUAUUACUGAUUUAGGCUUUGAAAAACAUGGAUAUUUAUUCAUGAAAACUUAUGUGGAAAAAGCUUCAAAACCUAUUUGGGUUAAACGUUGGGUAUUUAUAAAAGGUGGUGUUUUUGGUUUAUUGGUUUUAAGUCCUUCUCAAACUUUUGUUCAAGAAUCUGAUAAAAUUGGUAUUUUGUUAUGUAAUGUUAAGUAUGCUCCUCAUGAAGACCGAAAAUUUUGUUUUGAAAUAAAAACAAUAGACCAUACUUUUGUAUUUCAAGCUGAAACCUUAUUGGAUUUAAAAUCUUGGUUGAAAAUUUUCCAAAAUGAAAAAGAACGUAUCUUAAAAGAAAAUGAUCCUCAAAAUAACGACUUAAUAAAUUUAGCUAGCGGAAGAUAUCCUCCAAUAGUUACUGAAUUUGCUUCGACUCUAAAUACUUCUACCGAUCGUGAAUUUACUAAUACUAAAGUAAUUAAUACUGCUGGUCAAAUUAUUACUUCAAGUAAAUUAUCGCAUCAAAUUGAACACGAUGAAAGAUUCUUUAAAAGGCAUAUUUAUUAUCAAAUCCCUCAGGUAAGACCUCCCUUCAUGACUGAUCAAACAAAAUCUUCCAUCAUUGCUUAUUCUUUGGCUGCCGCAAAUACCUUACCUACUGCAUUGACUGCUAAUAUCUGGGGAUCUGCAAACUGGGGUUUGUACUAUUUACACGAGGUGCCUCCAUUAGAAAGAGAACACCCGUACUUGAACGAAGCCCUUGAUUCAGUUGAUCGGGAAACUUUAAAUCUUGAUGGUGAUAAAGAAGGAAUAAACUAUCCCGAUUAUUAUCCUUAUGAAUUGGUUCCGUUGGAUAUUCAAAUGAGAGCCUUAUUUGAAACUGCUGUUUCGCCUGGUGAAUUAUGCUUGUUUAGCUAUAGAUGUAUUUGGUCUCCGAAUUCUCACCAGGAAUUGAGUGGUCGGUGCUUUAUCACAAAUCGACAUGUUUAUUUCUAUAUGCAAUCGUUAGGAUUUAUUGCCCUUACAAAAUUACCAAUUGAACAUUUGGUUGCAGUCGAUUAUUCCACCAAGAAAAAUCAUGACAUGUUAAAAAUUUAUAAUAUGAAUGGUGUUGUUAAAAUGAAAUUAUUUUUAGAUGAUGGUAAAUUGAUCAAACGUAAAUUAACAUAUUUGCUAGAAAAUAAUGCAAGCGAUCAUCCAAAGCAUUUUCAUGAAGUUAUUAAUAAUCUAGUUAAGCUUGAGAAUCAACAUCAAUUAGAAUUAAAAAAUGAGGCACGUAAUACGGUUAUUGCUACUAAUUUAGGGAUACCAGUUGAUCUGCUUAAUCUUCGUCAGCAUCAGUUACACCUUCAGCAACAAAGAGAAUUACAAGGAGAAGAUUAUAAUGAGGAGUUGUUACCAACUGAUUUUAAUUCAUUCACAAUAUCAGCGAAAGACAGUAUCAAAACUCCUAAGAAACUUGAGUUUAGUGACGUUUCUAAAUUAGUAAUAGAGCAAGUUUAUAAUGCACCACCAAAGGCGUUAUUUCACUCAUUACUUGGGGACGAUACUAAUCUUUUAGAAUCUUACAUUCAAUUAAUUCGUCUUGAGUCGGUUAUAAAAGCUCCUUGGCAACGAAAGGAUGGUAAAUUAAUAAGACAGUACAAUUGUGGUGUAAUUCAUGAUGGCAGGAAAUCAGGCACAAUCCAAUUUACUGAUACAAUCGAGGUACUUAUUGAAAAUGAAUAUUACAUAUUUACCCAUGCGAAAUCUUCCUUCAAGUUACUAUAUUAUGGUACCCCUGCCAGCGUCGAAUUUAGAUAUGUAUUAUCUAAGGUACAUGGGAACCGUACCAAGGUUUCUAUCUAUAGUCGGUGUGAAUUUCACGGGAAACUGCUUAUAAGUAAGCUAGUUAAACCCUUAGCGUAUUCAAUCAGCCGCAAAGAAGCCCGCCAAGUCGAAAAAGCUUUACAUGACGUUGUUCGAAGCGUUGGGAAUCGUGGUAAUAUCUUGAAAGCCAUCAAUAUUUAUGGUAAGCUAAGUUUCAGUGAAUCUGAUAUUGUAGCUGAAAAAGUCAAACCAAUAACAAUGAGACCAACUUUUUUCAUCAAAUUUAUAUUGGGUAAUUGUUGUAUGUUUGUCUUAUCCCAUGUUUCCAAUAUUUUCCAUUUCGUUCUCAACUUAUUGAUCACUCUUUUGAAAAGUAUCAGGUUGAAUCAAGUUCUAAUACUAAUUAUUGGUUUAUUAUCCGUUUUAAACUUAUUCUUGUCAACCAAGACUACAACUGCGUAUUGGGCAACCAGAAGGGCUAAUAAUGUUGCUCGUGAUUUCUUAAUGAAAGAUCCAGUAAUGUUGAAAAGAGCCAUUUAUUUGAAAGACACACAAGAUAUGAUCAAUUCACAUAACAAUAUCUCAAACAACGGUGAAGAAUCGCCAUGUUAUAAAUCUUUCAAAGAUGUAUCAUUCAUAAUGAAUUAUGAUAAAUUUGAUAAUUGGAAUAAAGAGUACGGUGAUGAAUCAACCAAGUUAGUAGCUCAAGGUUUGAAAAAGACGUUUCAAGAGAUUGGAAUCAAGAGACACAAGUUAUUAGUUGACUUGAGAAUGUUGAAUGAAAUGGAAGAAGAAUUGGGCAAAGCGGAAUGGAGAAAUUGGAUAAUGAACGAAUUGGGAAAGUGUGCUUAUAUUAAAUCUAAUCUUUUUGACCAAGUUCAAAACUUGGGCGAAGAUACUGACGAUUUAAAUUCAGGUAUUGAUUCUGUUAUGCAAUUUUGCCAUAGCUGCGAACAAGAUUUAAAGUAUUUAGAUUCCUUGCUAUAGAUGAAUGUUUAAUAUUAUGAAUACGAAGACUUAG